AUGCAAAUCGCGUCCUCCUCGACUCUGCUGUCUUGGGCUGAGCUGCCUAGCUCCAGCUCCGAGCUCCAGCUUUGGCUCCCGCUUCAGCUUCAGCUUCAGCUACAGCGUCAGCGUCAGCAUCGGCAAGAGCACGGCCCCGCCGCAGCGAGGAGCUCGCGCUGCGCUGCACAGCUGUGGACGCCUUUUUUCUGCUUCUGCACCUGCUUCUGCAUCUGCAUCUGCAUCCGCAUUUGCGAUACAUUUGCUCGUGCACACCGCAGAAUCGACUUUCCGACGCACAGUGCGCGCUACUGCAUCGCAGCAUCCACCGCCUACUAUGUAUUACGGGACAAGAGUCCUUGGCCCAACAGUGUCUCGACUUUCUUCAGGGCCCAGGCGCACAUGCCAGCUCGUCUCCCACAGGACUGCGCCAUGAAACAUCUCGUCUAG